AUGUCCGUCCUCUGUACCUCGUCCUCAACGGCUGCCUCCGUCGCCUCAAAGGUAGCCCCCCGACAAGCGCUAUCCUUCCUAUAUCCUAUCGAGUUCCAGAAUCGAUGGCCUCGUCCAAGACGCAGCGGCCGCCGUCAAGCCGCCUCCAAAAUGAUAUUAAACACUGCUCCAGGACUCGAAGCUUGGUUCAUAAGCUCCCUAGCCAGCGCUGGCAAUUGCUACAAGCACAAUCCAAAGAAACCCCAGUCUCCCCCAUUUUUCUCAUCCCAGAGACCAAAAAUAUCAAUUGGCAGGGAAUUGGCGCACAACACUCCUUUCCGGCGCCAGCAAUCGACCGGAGGUGCGAAAUGUCGGAAGGAAGAGGAAGAGGACGAUGGAUUUCUCGCGCAGCCGAAUCACACGCGAGAGGAGCUUAUGGAAUUGGUGGACCAGUACGAUGGACAGCCCUUUACCUUUGCAGAUGAAAUACCAUUUACCAAACGUCCGAGCCGUUAUCAGCCUCCCGACGGCCCUCAUCUUACUGUUUCUGAUAAGGCUGAAGACGAAUGGCCCCCUGUAUACCAGGCGUGGCCUGCGGAUCCGCAGACGAAGAUCAAGCUCAAUGAGCUGGACAAGGUGAUUACAAAUCGUUAUGGGGAUCCUGAGAUAGCGUACCAAUUGUACAGAGAACUUCCGAAGCCGCGAGCACCGUACCUUGAGGCUACAGUUCGACACAGAUUGCUUCGAUGUUUGUCCACUGUGGAGCGUAAAGACGAAAUUUCGAUGCUUAGAUAUCUAUCCGUCGUGGAUGAUAUGAAGAACUCGGCUAUACCCCUAUCAACAACGGAGUGGAAUAGUGCGAUAUCCUUCAUUUCCCGGUAUGUGGCUAGAUCAACAGAGGUUGAGGUUGAAGCUGCAUUGAACUUAUGGAAAGAGAUGGAACAGGUAGCUCUGGUUAAAGCGAGCGACGCUACUUUCAAUAUCCUCUUUGAUGUUGCCUGUAAGGCUGGCAAGUUUACCCUUGCAGAUAUGGUCUAUAACGAAAUGGCGGCUCGUGGCCUCGAAUACAAUCGCUUUCAUCAUGUCAGUCUCAUCCAUUAUCAUGGAUUGAAGAAAGACGGCGAUGGUGCUCGGGCGGCAUACAAGACCCUUGUAGACGCCGGAGAGGUCGUCGACACCGUUGUGUUGAAUUCAAUGAUAUCCGCCCUCAUUUCCUCAUGUGAACCGAAUGCAGCAGAGAAUAUAUACGAGCGGAUGAAGAAGAUACAUUUUUCGCAGACAGAACCUCGAUUACCUCCCAAUGACUUCAUCAAACAGCGCCGAAUAACCCGGACAUUAAAACAAAUGGCACAGAAGAUCAAAAUCGACCCACACAAGAGGGAGAGGUUCCAAAUUAGGUCUAUUAUCGCUCCAGACGUUCACACCUAUCGGAUUUUGGUGAACUACUUUGCUGUUGAAGCUGGCGAGUUGUCUAAAGCAGCCAAACUCCUGGAAGAAAUGAAAUCGUUUGGAUUACCCGUCCAUGGGGCAUUAUUCCUGGCACUUUUGAAAGGAUUUGCUAUCCAUGGCGGGAUUCGGUAUACCGAGUGGACUGAGGAGAGACUCGAAAGUGUUUGGCGGACGUUCCUUCGAGCAAUAGAUGGCGAUACUAAUGACUUGUACAUUAAUAGAUGGAUGGUGACAUGGGCGUUGAAUGCUUUUGCGAAGUGCUCGGGAAAGUCCAGAACGAUGGCCGUUUGGGAAGAAGUGAGAGAGAAGUGGCAGCCUGACGAGCUAGAAUUAGAUUUCGUUCUGGGUACCUUGCGCCCUCUGCUUGAGGCCAAGGAUAUGGCGGAGGCACGUCAUGAUUGGAUUCUAGGAUCGUUGUAA